CGCCGUCGAUCUGCUGCUGCAGGCGCUCGGCGUAGGGGCUCAGCGAGGCCUGCACGCUCUCGGCGUUGUCCUGCAGGCGCUCCCGCAGCUCGGCCGCGUAGGGCUCCAGCGCCCGCCGCAGCUCCCCGGCGCUCUGAUCCACCCGCGAGCGCAGCUCCUCGGCGUACGGGCCCAUCUUGGCCUGCAGCUGCCGGAUGUUGGUGCCGAUCUGCUGGUGCACCUGGUCGGCGUAGGGCGCCAGCUUGGCCUGCAGCUCCUGCAGCUCCCGCUGGAUCUGCUCCUUGAGGCGCUGUGAGUCCUGUGCCAGCUUGGCCUGCAGCUCCAUGGCGAAGGGCUCCAGGCGCUGCUGCAGGUCCUCGGCGUAGGCGCUGACGCUCUGCAGGUUGCUCUUCAGCAGGGUGCUGGGAACAGGGGACACGUCAGGGCCUGUGAGCCCCCACCCCCGGGCCCUGCCUGCCCCCCGAGCCCCCCGAGCCCCCCGGUCCCAAGGCUGGGCUCACUUGAGCUGCUUGCUGAGCUCGGUCUGCUGCAGCUGCUCCGCCGUGUCCUUGGCAUUGCUGCCCAGCUCCGUGAAGUACUUCCAGAUCACGCUGGCCACCUCGUCAGGGUUCACAUCAGCCCGGGAGCCUGCAGGGGGUGCUGGGUUCAGAGCUCACACAGUCCCAUUCCCCCGGGGACAGCGGGGACACUGCCAUCCCUGCCCUGCUGGCACCAGGGACCCGCACAACACCUCACCUGAGAUCGCCAGGAGAAGCAGGACAAGGGCGGCCGCCUUGGGCGCCAUCCUGAGGGCUGGGGACUCCUGUGGGAGCACAGAGAGAGGUGAAGGAAGGCCCAGGGACCAGCAGCCCCCAGCCAGAGGCCAUGGAGAGCCGGGCUCCCUCCCGUCUCCCUCCUGGCUCCCUGCACUGCUCACCUGUGCUGCCAGUGCCGCGGUAGCUGCAGAGCCGGCAGCUCCCAGCACUAUUUAUGCAGCCCGAGGGCUCCUGCAGCUUCCACGCAGGCUGUGACACAGCAAGGGCUUGGACUUUAGUCGGUCACAACGUGGAAGUGCCUGACGUGUGCGCAGCCCUGACAUCACCCAGGGCCCUGACAUCACCCGCGGCCCCGCCGGCCCCCAGCAGGGGGACAGGGACAGACAGGGGUGGGGGACCCACUGAGCCCCUCCUGGGGACAGGGCCUGGGCUGGGGGACACCUCAGUGCUUUGUGGAGGCAGCAAUGGCUCUGUCAGUGCUGGCAGGGCAGUACCUGGGAUGGGUGGCAGUGUGACAGGACAUGGGGGCUGGGGAUGCUGCAGGGACCCGUGCGUGUCCCCGGCCGUGGGCAUCGGGCUCUGGGCACGCACCGGGGGCAGCCCCCGGCCCAGCCCCGGGCACAGCGGAGCCGCGGCCGUGUGUCCCUGCGGGCAAAGGGCACGGCGGGCAGGGCAGGGACCGGCCGGGCAGGGGCAGUGCCAAGGUCCGAAGAGCCUCGCGGUGCCCGAGGGCGAUGUGCCCGGGGACAGGGCCGCUGGAUGUCACCCUUGUGCCGUGCGUGCCCGGGCUGUCCCCUCCGCGGGCAGCGCGCUGGCUGCGCACACGCGUGUGCCCACGCUCGGCUGUGUGCACACACGCACAGACACGCGGGGCACCAGCAGCUCCGUCCCGCGGCAUUUCCCAACUCUUGGCUGGACGCAGCGCCCCUGCAGCCCCCCCGCGCCCUGCCCUGACCUUUGCACGAAUCCCCCGGGCGGCCGUGGGGAGGCUAUAAAGAGAGAGCCCGGGGCUGCCCCCGCGUCAGAGCCCGGCACAGGUGAGUGGGGACACCCCCGGCGAGGGCCGUGCUGGGAAGGGGACGGGGUCGGGACCCACAUCGUGCGCUCUGCUCUCUCCCCAGCCAUGAAGGCGUCGCUGCUGUUCCUGCUCGCCUGCACGGCCGUCCUGGCGCUGGGAGCAAGGGCCGACACGUCCGAGGAGCCGAAGGCGCUGGUGCAGAAGGUGCAGGAGCUGGCCCAGAAAGUCUCGGCCAUGACCAAGGACGCCUUCAGCAGGGUGCGGGAGUCGGAGGCAGCGCAGCAGGCCAGGCAGUGGCUGUCGGACAACGCGGAGCUGGCGAAGCAGCGGCUGGCGUGGCUCAAGGAGCAGCUGGCCGAGCUCCUGAAGAAGACUCCGGCCUCGUAGCCUCGCCAGGGGCUGCCCGGGCUCCGUCGGGGCUGGGGACCCCCGGCUCCCCCCCGUGUCGUGGUGCUCUCAAUAAAGCGGGGCUGAUGCAAA